ACUAAUUCGCAAUGAAUUUUGCGUCGGACAAGGUAUUCCUGUACGAUGUGCCUGAGUUUGAGGUGGUAUCCGAUGAGGAGUAUGACCAUGGGAUGAGUGUCAGUAAUUCCAGCAGUGAUGAAGAAGUUGAAGAUUGCCUUGUACAAAGAGGAGGCUCUCCCCCUACACUGGGAGCUGGCCCCUCCUCGACCCCUUCUUCUCCCCCAGCCCCUACCCCUCCCCCACCCCCUAAGGCUCCAAGACCUGGAUUAUUUGCCGGACUUUUUGGGGCAAGGUCUGCAAAAUCAACACCCCCUGCUGCUGAAAAAUCAAAGAAAUUAAAAAGAAGAGGAAAGAAAGUUGGGAAAUGGAGAGACACUCUGGAGAGUUAUGCUACAGACAAACCAGAAAGUGAGCAGCAAGGAAAACGUCAUCGCCGUGCAGAUACAAACAUAAUCUCCAUCGAUUUUCAAAAGAUCAUCGCCCCUAGCAACAUGCACACUGGUGACCCCGUACAUUGCACUUCCUGUGAUGUCAUUCUGUCCAGUCUGAGUAAAAUUACCUCCAAGGAAAAUAAAAAGAUCUGGGUCUGUGAGUUUUGUGGUACGGAGAAUGAGUUAGAUAUUGAGGAGGAGGAAAUCCCGGGCUCUAACGACGUGACCUACAUGUUAGAGCCGGCUCCGUCCACCGCGUCCAGCAGUCUGUCCGGGAAAGAUGAGUCGCUGGUCAUUUUCUGUGUGGACAUCUCAGGAAGCAUGUGUGUCACAUCCACAGUUCCAGGUAGAAUCAAUCUUCGAGGAUCAGUGGCCAGACUUCAGUCUCUCAAUACUGACCGAUCGGACCAGCACCUGCCUAACGAGCGACGCAAUGUGACGUACGUGUCGCGUCUCCAGGCGGUCCAGGCGGCCGUCGACCACCAGCUGGAGGAAAUGCGAAAACAACACCCCAACAGACGAGUGGCUCUCAUCACCUUCAACAAUGAGGUAACAAUUAUUGGAGAUGGGAGUGAGACACCUGUCACUGUGGCUGGGGACAAACUGACCAAACCUAAUGACCUCAAGGAGAAAGGGUCAGAGAUCAAGAUGCCAGGGGCUAUCAAGGGAUCCAGGGGUACUCUAGGGGAUAAACUUUUUGGCCUGGAAGAGGGAGGAGCUACAGCAUUAGGCCCCGCCUUACUGAUAGCGACAACAAUGGCAGGACAACACCCAGGGUCAAAGGUCAUCAUCUGUACUGACGGUAAAGCCAAUGUAGGUCUAGGUCGUCUGGACGUUGACGGAGAAGAGAUGGAUAACGAGGCCCAGUUUUAUGAAGGGAUUGGACAGGAGGCAGCAGACAAGGGUGUUGCUGUGUCAGUUAUCAGUAUCAAAGGUACUGACUGUAAAAUGGUUCACCUGGGAAAGAUAGCUGAUAUGACAGGGGGGCAGGUGAACAUAGUUGACCCAUUAAAAUUGACUCAGGAAUUUUCUACCAUUCUGGCGGACCAGAUCAUUGCUACAAAUGUGGUAGCUACCUGCCAUCUCCAUAAACGACUCUUUUUCUAUUAUGAAGAAACAGAGGCAAGCAAGGUUGUAAGAAAUGUUGGGAACGUGACGGCUAGCACUGAGGUUACAUUCGAGUACGGAGUCCGCUGUCAGUCUGACACAAAUCAGGGAAAAGCCCCGGUUAUCCCAGAGGAAUCAGGACAGGGGGAGCAAGCUAGUGGAGGUGAGAAGAAACCACAGGCAGAAGGAGGGAGACAAGAGGAAGCCAUGGAGACAAACCAGGACGAUCUUAAGGAGUUACCUUUCCAGCUGGUGGUCAAAUACACGGACACCGAGGGUGCCACAGCUCUCAGGGUGCUGACACAGAGUCGUCCGAUUACGUAUGACAGACGGGAGGCAGAGAGAAAUAUGAACUUAAAAGUGUUGGGAUCCCACACAGCCCAGACGACCUCUGCCCUUGCCCUGGGGGGUCAGUACACAGAGUCCAGGGGUAGAGCUCUGAUGAACCAAAGACUAGCCUGGAGGUUUACUAACGUCUCAGAGGAGGGAAAGCAUCAAAAGAAAGCCUACAAAAAAAUGUUUGGGAAAAUCAAAUCAAUGGAUCACUACAUCAACGCAAGGCAGCAGGCAAAGAGGAAAGCUAUUGGGAGAACCUAUAGUGAUAGUGAGGAGGAAGAUUCUGAUAAUGAGCAGGAUUUGGCAGAGACUAGCACUGCCAGAACACGCUCUGAACCGGCGGCAGCUAAACCCAAGGCUCGAUUCUUCACCAAAUCAUACAAACUGAAGAAGAGAUCUGAAGCCUGCUCUGAUGUGGGAGCUAACAUGAUGUUUCAGAUGAAGAAGGGAAGCAGGUACUUGGAUGCAGAAAGCGAUGAAGACGAUUAAGAGAGACUUGUUUAAUGAAGGGAAAUGUAAAUGUGUGUCAUAAUAAGUAGGAUUAUCUCCCCUUGUAUUUAAUGUGAAGAUACCAAGAAUUCCAGUGACUUUUAUUAUGAUACUGUACAAAUUUUUUUAUGUUUAUUAUUUAAUGUGUCUGUGAUAUAUUUACUUUCAUUUGCUUAAAACUGUAGUGUAACUUUUGUUAGUUAAAGCAACACCCAUUAAACAAUGCUUUUUAUACCUGUGUGGAAAUACAGGUAUUUAGAAAUUGCCAUUUAUUUAAAAUGUGCAUUCUUCAACAUGCAUUUUUCAUAAUGUACUUUCUGUUUUUUUUUAUUACAGUUGGAAAUAAAUAAUGAUUAGCAUAUAUUUUUCUCUUGAAAUCUUUUGUAUAUUUGAAACUUAAAUGUUGCAGAGGAAAAAGGAUAAGAAAAUUGUAGAGCAAGAUUCAAGAGGUGCACAUUGCAAUAAAUAGAACAAGUUUAUUUUUCCUCACCUCUGCAUUAGAUUAAAGAGUAGUUCUGUCAGUCAAGUCUACGAUUUGUUAAGACAAUGUAAUGCUCUGCGAAGUAACUACUGUAAAUGUAUUAUAUUUGGCGUGUACAAUAUUUGGCUGAAACUGACUUUUGAAAAAGUUAGCGUGUGUUUGAUUUAGCGCAUUUCUUAAUGUUCUUAUUAUGAGUAUAUGUGCAAGACAUUUAGCGUCGUACUUGAAUAAGCUGACUUUUUUUUUCCACCAAAGGCGCUAAAAAGAAUACACAGCCAAAUAUAAUAUGCUUACACUAUGAUACUAUUUGUUUUUUAUGAAUUUAUAUGAAAAAAAAAAUGAUUUGUAGAUUCUUUAAUAUCAUUUGCUGACAAAUAAAUGAGUAGAGUCCACUUA